ACCGUAUAGCUACUCAUUUUGACGAUGUCCAUACUUCGAUCAAGCUAGAGAUAUCAAGAAAUCUCAAUAUCAACUUUUCGCUUGAUUUCUUGUCACAAUAUUGACUUCUUUUUUCAAAAGCUUGUCCAUUGUGUUCAUAUUUUCUAUUCUCUCCGACACGGAAUUCAUUGAUUGAUUGAAUUCUUGCACUGUUGGACUUUUCCUUAAUCUUCAUCAUGUCAGAUAAACAUUCAAUUCACUCGGAAGACGAACCUUCCUGGAGUCCAAAAGAUGUUGAGGAAAGUCUUCUUCCUGCAGAAAUCAAUGGGCUAAACAAAGGCAUUAAAAAGUGCCACCGCUCUUACCUCCGGUGUUGUACCGGUCAAAUCAUAUCUUUUUGCUUGGGUGCUCUUUUUGCAUUCAUCACAUUUAGUCUGGCUUGGAGCGGACCAAGACUUGAUUCUAAAUUAGAAAAUGAUAAAUGGAGUAUGUCUACUUUCCCCCUUGUUCGCUCGUUCAUGCUAACACAAUCAUCUAGCCCAGAAUACGGAGCUCCGGGGUCUUGUAUCAGCGCCUACAAAAAAAGUGAGAUUCGAUGGGACAUUUAAUCGUUCGUCUCCUUAUAAAGGCCCGCCAUCGCCUGAAGUUGACGCUUUAUGGGAUGAGGUAACAGAGUGUAAGUGCUAUUAUCCCUUUGUAGAUAUUCACUAAAUAUUUGAAGUGGGAACCAUGAGUAUUUCUGAGGAUGUCUUCCAACACCUGAACGCCUCAAAACACGCAGUCAAACUGCCAAGUAGCCUUGGAGGUGGCCGACUCGCAGUUUUUGAGACGAUUCAUCAAAUACAUUGUGUGGUAAGUAGCCGAAUACGCGAUUUAAAAGUUUGUCUUUAACUUUAUCGAAGCAAGCGUUAUGGCAGGCAGCCUAUCCUGAGUAUUAUACCAAACAAACAAAAUUCAAGAUCAGUCAUCCGAAAGAUUGGUAUAAUCACCUAGGUGAAUCACAUCUAAACUAAGAGCUCUGCAACUUUGCUAAUCCAAAAACCUAGAUCAUUGUGCGGAUAUGCUCCGACAGAAACUGAUGUGCGACGCUGAUACUGCUUUCAUCACUUACAAUUGGAUGAAGGGAUAUAGAAGUCCCAGCCCGAACUUCAAUGUCCAGCAUGAGUGUCGAGAUUUCAAUGCUAUUUUGGAGUAUGCUCGUGACAAUCAAGUGGAUAAGGAAAACAGUGAACGGAUAGAUUUCAAUCGCUUAAAGCCAGACGAUGGACUGAUAAUGGAAUUUGAGGGCGAGCCUCCAUUCGACCCUGACGCAGUGCCAUCCAUACGUCAGCAAUAAGAGUUGUAAAUUAGUAUAUUUUGAGGAAAUUAGCCUUCUUCCUCAGCAGGAUUCAUAGCGAUAAGAAUGUGCACUUGAAUUACCUUGAUUGGAACGAAAU